CGCGUACGUACGGGAACGCCCAACGAUAGAGGUCAGACUCACUCUCUGGCUGGGCGUGCAAGAGUAUAGAAGAUUCCUUGAGUUUGAAACGGUUUGUACCUCUCAUUUACCUUCUUGUCCGUUUCAUUUCAACCUGUGAGAACCGUUCAAAGGCUCUUAUUUCGAUACCUCUGGUACUGUUCUGCGCCGGUUUCAGACUCUUAGCGGAAUCCGUGCACGUUUGGGUGGCACUGUAUUUUCGAUAGUCCUUGCCACAUUCAACCUCAUCUCUCGCCUUUACGAUUUCCCUUGACCUCGAUUCGUGACAGUUAAAAAGAAGACAUCAAUCCUGAGUCCAAAGUCGUUGCGCAUCCGAACAAACCACUAGAGGAACCAACAACAACACCCCCCAAACCCUUUCACGCGCAUCGCUUCCGUUGCUUUGUCGCCUGUACGAGUGCACGAAUUCCGCUCGGAACGAAAAGAUUUCAAAAGCUUUUUUUAAAAAAAAAAACCAAUGGCCGACCCAAAAUACCCUCCACCUUCAUAUCCUGCGCCGUCAUACGGACAAGGUCAAAAUCAAGGCUUCCAGUCGCCCCCACCGGGUGGCAUGGUCUACGGCCAAGAUCAAUAUGGAGGACAGCAACAGGGUUAUUACGGACAACAAGGACCUAACCCCAACUAUGGCUACGGGGGACAGCAGGGUUACGGCGGAGGACCGCCUCAGAGCGGACCGGGAUAUGGCUACGGUUACCAACAACAGCCAAACGUGGUGUAUGAGCGCGACAGGGGAAUGGGCGGCGGCGGCAUCUGCGCCGGUCUGUUGGCUGGAUUGGCGUGUUGUUGCUGCUUGGAUUGUCUGUUUUAAAGAGUCGAACUGUACGUCUCGGUUUCAUGCGUUUUGGCGGAUUCACAGAAUACUCGAACUCGAUGCCGUGUCGUGGUGGGGUGAUAGCGGGAAUGUCAAAUGCCCGGUUUCAGCUCACGCCAACAUGUGCUUGAUAUCCUAACGUGCUUGAUGAAGAUUGUGCUUUGGUGCAUAGCGAGGAUAUGGGAUGGCUUGGUCUUCUGGGAUUUGGCUUUGUUGUUGUUAUACUGUAUACAUAACCACUGGAAUAUAUUGAAUUUCAAUUGAGUGCAUCUUGCUCCCGGUUUGACCCGAUAGUAGCCUUGAUAGCCUCGAUCAGCAUAGGUACGAGGAGUCUGGCUUCAGAGCCAUAUAUACGGACCACUUCAAAGUUACUACAUUGUACGAUGAUAUUCAACCUGGCAAGAUAGUCUCAUG